AUCCGUGCUUUUCACACACAGACCAUAAUAACCUUCGAUUCGUACCGUCUCCCUGAGCACCGGUCGCGCGGAUUGUUUUUGUCGGCGCUCCUGUUAUUAUGUAGCGUCAGGACGUUUCCUUUCUAAUCAGUUCGCACGGCUUGUAUUUGUUUGUUUGUUUGUUUGUUUGUUUUUACUAUGAGCGUAUAAGUUUGACGGAGGUUGUUGACAGUCAGCAGGCCUGUGCACAGUUUUCACACCGUCGCAAAACUUAAGUUACGGAAGAGCAACUAGUGUGCAGCCAUGACCUUUUAUUUGACGCCAUGUAGCGACUCAGUGUAGGAUUAUUUUCCACAUCUGGAGUUUAACCCCAUCCACAUCGGAGGUCAGACUGAGGUUUGACAGCUCGCUGUUUUGUUUUUCUUUUGUUUUCCUUUUGUUUUCAAGGGACGUUGUUUGGUUUUUAGGGCCCGAGCAGCGCGUCCUAAACAUAAACAGACUGAGAUGGGGCCCAAACAGAGCAGUCCGGCGGGUAGUGCUCGCCUCAGGGCUUAUUCAGGCUCGGAUGUGCCCACUUCCACCACCACAGCCGCCGGUUCCGGGAGCGCGAGCGCAGCGGCGAUUCGGUACUACACUGGAAAUCAGCAGCAGGUCGGAGCGCGCGGGCGGUACGCGGCGGACGGCACGAGACCCAACUCGCUUUUUCAGUCCACCUUCAUAGCGCAAGGUAGCGAGACUCAAAGCGACGAUGACGCGGACGGAGACCGAAGUCAGUCCGGUCCGAGGUUACUGAUAGGAUCGUUACCGGCCCACCUGUCUCCUCACCUGCUUGGAGCUGGAUUCAACUGUCCUGUGUGUUCAAAAUUUGUUGCUUCAGAUGAAAUUGACCUUCACCUUGUCAUGUGUCUCACCAAACCGAGACUCUCCUAUAACGAGGAUGUCUUGAUGAAGGACUCUGGGGAGUGUGCAAUAUGCUUGGAUGACAUGGUCCAGGGAGACACCAUUGCCAGACUGCCCUGCCUCUGUAUCUACCACAAAGGGUGUAUCGAUGAAUGGUUUGAGGUGAAUAGGUCGUGCCCAGAACACCCUACUGAUUAAACAAUUGCUAACAUUGCACAGGUUCUCUGAUUUCGUCACUGAAAACUGCACACCCUGUGAUCCAGAACCUCAGUGAUUUUACAAAGACCUGUCAUCACCUCAGAUUCACACCUGUGCCAAAAGACAAUUAAAACUGACUCAGGGAUCCUGCCCAUGUGUGUGUUGUUUUUUUUUUUUUUUUUUUUUUUUUUUUUUUUCCUUCUUCUUCUUCUUCUUCUUCUUCCCCAUUUCCAUUUUAGCACACCAAAGGACAGCAGAGUGCAAAAACACACUGCUGUGUUGAACCAUUUGGGCUUCAGGAUGUAGCGUCACUGUAUUUACACUGGACACAUUUCUUUCCUCCCGAGUAAGAAACAUGUCUCAUGUGAACAAGGACAUUUCAGUCAUUGAACACAGCCACACUGUAGACAUAAAGGAUACUGGGUGUACGUGUACCCAAUUUUGGGAUAAUCAUUCUGUAAAUAGAGAUCUGGAGUAGCAACUAAUUUUCAACUCUCCAUUUAAAAGAAACGGUCCAUUUUAUUUUUUUUUCUAGUGUGGAGAUUACAUAGUCCGGUGCUAAAAUAAUCAAGUGCCGUUUUUUUGCUAAAAUGUGCUGCUAUGUUUCACAGGCAAUAGUUGUAAGUAAAUGAAAUUUUAUUAAAGCAUUUCUUUCUUUUUUUUUCCUUCUUUAUUUAGCCUAUGAGUUUGGGUUCAGAAUUUCACAGGAACAAGCUGUUCAAGGUAAACACAGAACUGAAAGCUCACUGUAAUCUGACCACUUAUUGUUGAUGCUUGUAGUUUUGACGUGUCCAAUGUCACAGUAUGACAUCGUAGAAGUUUUUGGCAAGUCAUUAUUUCAAGUCCAUGUUUUGAUUGUACACUUAAUAUAAGAAUGGCAUAGCCUUAUGUAAGGUGUGUACUGUAGUUAGGCUUAUUACACAAAAAAAAUACUCAGAUCUACUUAUUCAACUGUACUUGUAUUUUUUCUUGAAGGAAAAGAAAAACAUUUUGUAGAAAUGUUAGUGUGAUUUUUUUUUAGUAAUGCCACCAGACCAACACGUUACAGUUAUCUGGAGAAAAAUCCACUUUGAUGAAUUGAAUAAAUAUUGUUAUAUAUGAGUUUGUAAGUUAAAUGUUAUUUGGUUAUUUGCCAGUUCAUUACGAAAUACUACUGCAUCACUGUAAAAUUGCACUGAAGAUAAGUCUAACUUAAGUGCAAUUUCGAAAAAUUUAUAAAUGUCCAUCAAAACCUUUUUUAAUAUUUCAUCACUGCAAAUCUGUAUUUGGCUCCUCAUCAAUUCAUGUCAAAAAUCACAAUAAAGCACUGGGAACCUGU